GCGGAAGCGGUUAGUAGCCGGCGUGCUGUUGAGGUGUGAAUAUGGCGUUUCGCGGGCGGAGGCCGGAGCACGGCGGACCACCGGAGCUGUUUUACGACGAGAAUGAAGCCCGGAAAUACGUUCGCAACUCACGGAUGAUUGAUAUCCAGACCAAGAUGGCUGGGCGAGCAUUGGAGCUCCUUUAUCUGCCGGAGGGUCAGCCCUGUUAUCUGCUGGAUGUUGGCUGUGGCUCUGGGCUGAGUGGGGAUUAUCUCUCAGAUGAGGGGCACUAUUGGGUGGGCAUUGACAUCAGCCCUGCCAUGCUGGAUGCGGCCUUGGACAGAGACACUGAGGGAGAUGUGCUUCUCGGGGACAUGGGCCAAGGCAUCCCCUUCAAGCCAGGUUCCUUUGACGGUUGUAUCAGCAUUUCUGCUGUGCAGUGGCUCUGCAACGCUAACAAGAAGUCUGACAACCCAGCCAAACGCCUAUACUGCUUUUUUUCCUCUCUUUAUUCUGUCCUGGCCCGUGGCGCCCGUGCUGUCCUGCAGCUGUACCCAGAGAACUCAGAGCAGUUGGAGCUGAUCACGACCCAGGCCAUGAAGGCUGGUUUCACCGGGGGUGUGGUGGUGGACUACCCCAACAGUGCCAAAGCAAAGAAGUUUUACCUCUGUUUGCUUUCUGGGCCCUCGAGCUUUCUUCCAAAGGGGCUGAGUGAUCAGAAAGAUGGAGAUGAGGAGAGAGAGUCCGCGUUCACUAAGGAAAGCUUGUGUCUCCUGCACAGGGUCCCGCACAGGGCUGCCAGGCGGGGGAUGGUGAGAAAGAGCCGGGACUGGGUGCUGGAGAAGAAGGAGCGCCGCCGGCGUCAGGGCAAGGAAGUCAGACCGGACACCCAGUACACUGGCCGCAAGCGCAAGCCCUAUUUCUAAGCAGUAGCUGCGUCCUUGGGACAGCCGGGAAUCACACGGAUGUGACCUUGCCCUCCAGCCAGGCGUUUGCCUCCGGGGAGUUUUCCCCACUGAAGUGCCUACUUCAUCGGUUGACAGAGUAGCGUUUUUAGAAAGUUCUGAAGUUCCGAAAGUAUUUUUUUUU